UCCAACUCUGUGUGUAUGUGUGUGUUGAGCUGCUCUACCAGUUACAGUAUCGCGGCUCUAGCCAGCUGUGAGAAUCCUUCGCUGACAUGGAUACUACCCUUGGCGCCGAGCGCUAGUGAAGUUGCCUUGUUUGGCGAGUGGAAACAAGGGGGAACUCACAGCACCCGAUACGCAUCUGAUGGAUAACCUUAUGUGAGAUUCAUUGUUCAGCCAUGUCCAAAACCCUAAAGAAGAAAAACCACUGGACCAAUAGAGUCCAUGAGAUUGUUUUGAGCAAGGAUCUGGAGGGAGAACUCGGGUUCGAGUUGAGAGGAGGCGCCGAAAACGCGCAGUUCCCCUACAUCGGAGAGGUUCGAAUGGGCAAGGCGGUCGUCACCAACCAGAGUGGCAAACUUUCCCAAGACGAACUACUCUUGGAGGUCAAUGACACGCCGGUGGCCGGAUUAACCAUCAGGGAUGUUCUCGCCGUGGUCAGACAUUCCAAAGACCCCGUCCGACUCAAGUGUGUCAAACAAGGGGGAGUCGUUGACAAGGACCUCCGCCGCUACCUCAGCUUGCGCUUCCAGAAAGGCUCUCUGGACCACGAGCUCCAGCAGAUCAUCCGAGAUAACCUCUACCUCCGCACAGUACCCUGCACAACCAGGCAACCCAAGGAAGGAGAAGUCCCUGGGGUGGACUACAAUUUCGUGACUGUUGAACGGUUUAUGGAACUGGAGAAAAGCGGGGCCCUAUUAGAGAGUGGAACUUAUGAAGAAAACUACUACGGGACGCCCAAGCCCCCGUGCGAGCCCGUGCCCACGCCGCUGCUGCUCGAUGUAACAGACCGCCUGCUGCCGGGCGCCAGACCCAGCUCGCAGGGCAAGCGGCGACGCAACAAGUCCGUCAGCAACAUGGAGAAGGCCGGCAUCGAGCCGCCCGAGGAGGAGGAGGAGGAGAGGCCCGUCGUCAACGGCAACGGACACGUGCCCGUCACCCCAGAGUCCAGUGAACAUGAGGACAAGAGCACAGAUGCCUCUGGCGAGAUGACCCCCCAGAUCGCCCCCCCAAAUGACACCCCCACCACCCCCACUACCACCAACAUCACCACAGACUCUGCUGCACCACCACCACCACCACCCCAGGAGGGGGAUGGCGAGGGAGGGGGGCCAGGGGUGGUGCCCGCCAAGCCGGACGAGAAUGAGGCAGAGCUUGGGCCCCUCCCCGAUAACUGGGAGAUGGCCUACACGGAGAAGGGAGAGGUCUACUUUAUCGAUCACAACACGAAGACCACGUCAUGGUUGGACCCACGGCUGGCCAAGAAAGCGAAGCGGCCCGAAGAGUGUCAAGAGGAUGAGUUGCCCUAUGGCUGGGAGAAGAUCGACGAUCCCAUCUAUGGCAGCUACUAUGUUGACCACAUAAACAGGCGGACCCAGUUUGAGAAUCCCGUCAUUGAGGCCAAGAGGAGACUGACACAGAUGCACGGCCAGGGGAUACCACUCUCUUCUGUAUACAGAGAGAAGCCAGCGUUUACGCGGGACGCCACCCAGCUGAAGGGCAGUUUCCUGUCCAGCACGCUGCAGAAGAGCACCAUGGGCUUCGGCUUCACCAUCAUCGGGGGCGACGAGCCUGACGAGUUCCUACAGGUCAAGAGCGUCAUACCUGACGGACCGGCUGCACAGGAUGGCAAGAUGGCUACCGGUGACGUCAUCGUAUACAUCAACGACGUGUGUGUGCUGGGCACCACGCACGCCGACGUGGUCAAGCUCUUCCAGUCGGUGCCCAUCGGCCAGAGCGUGACGCUGGUCCUGUGCCGCGGUUACCCUCUCCCGUACGACCCCGAGGACGCCAACAACUCUGGCACCAACAACAGCACCGGCACCACCGCCGCCGGGGCCAACAGCACCAACCCGGCCGCCGCCAGCCUGGCCAACCCGCUGCUGAUGAACGGCCGCGGGGCCUACGACAGCUACAUGGAGUACCUGAACCGGACGGCGCGGCUGGUGCAGCAGGGCGACGCCCAGCACAUCGCGGCCCACCUGGCCGCCGGAGGUCCCCUGCCGCCUCCACCAGGCGUCCACCCGGGCGACACCCACCUGGACGGCUCGGGCCUCGCCGCGUCCGGCAUCGGCGGCGGGCAACUGCACGAGGACAGCGUUUCCAUGGCGUCGUCGGGGGCGACGCAGGUGGCCAGUGGCUGUGGUAGCGACGGCGGCGGCGGGGGUGGUGUGGGCCCGCCUCCAGUGCUGCUGACCGUGGCCAUGGUCAAGGGGCCGGAGGGGUUCGGGUUCACCAUCGCCGACGGCGCCGACGGGCAACGGGUCAAGCAGGUGCUGGAGCCGCAGGGGUGCCCGGGGCUGUGCGAGGGGGACCUGAUCGCCGAGAUCAACCGGCAGCCCGUGCUGGGCCUCAGCCACACGCAGGUGGUGGACAUGCUGAAGGAGUGUCCCGUCGGGACCGAGGCCACGCUCAUGGUGCAGAGAGGAGGGGGAGGUCAGUUUUCCCCCUGGAAGACUCCCAAACAGGUCCUGGAACAGUGGGAGGCACAGAGCCACGGUCUGCUGAUGGGGGGUGUUGGGCCUCCUCCUCCUCUUCCUCUUCCUCCUCCCCAGACCGGCCCCCACUUGCUGCCCCCCUUGGUCCCCCCUCUGGGCUCCCCGUCCUCCUACCCCCCGCCCCUCCUCCUCCACCACCAACACCACCGGGGACCCCUGCCACUGCCCCCGGGCGUGCCCGCGCCCCUGUCCGACCCUGGGGGUGACCCCUACGAGCUGAUCCGGCCCGACCCCUAUGACCUGUACGAGAAGUCCCGAGCCAUCUAUGAGAGUAGUAGGCAACCAGCCCCCCCACGGACCACCUUCUCAAUGGAACCUUCCGGACCAGAGUACCAGGAAGUGGAGGUGCACCUGCGGCGGCAGAAGUCUGGUUUCGGCUUCCGUAUCCUGGGCGGGGAUGAGGCCGGGCAGCCUAUCCUGAUCGGAGCCAUCAUUGAGAAGAGUCCCGCGGACCAAGAUGGCCGUCUGCGGCCGGGAGAUGAGCUGGUGUCGGUGGACGGGAUCUGCGUGGCCGGGAAGCCUCACCGCUAUGUUAUUGAUCUCAUGCACGCCGCGGCGAGGAACGGACAGGUCAGCCUAACGGUGCGCAGGCGGAAAGCAGGGCCAGGCGAGGGGUGUAUGGAGAACGGCCGUAGCCCAGGCUCCGUGUCCACGCAGCACAGCUCCCCACGCAGCGACUUCGCCGCCGGAACCUUCCCAUUGCCCCCUCCCAACGCCUCCACGUUACCCACAAUGCCCGCUGGUGGCAGUAGUGGCGGUAAUAGCGGUGGUGGUGCGGUCAAUGCCAAUGCUACUGGUGGUGGUGGUUCUGGAUGUGUGCAGGACCCGGGCCUGGCCAUAGUGCCCCCCAACGCGCAGCACAGCGACGUGGUCAUCCACCGCAAAGAGACUGAGGGCUUCGGUUUCGUAAUCAUCAGCUCACUCAACAGACCCGAGAACACCACGGCCAUCACUGUGCCCCAUAAGAUAGGCCGCAUCAUCGAGGGCAGCCCGGCGGACCGCUGCGGCAAGCUGAAGGUGGGCGACCGCAUCCUGGCCGUCAACAGCCAGUCCAUCGUCAGCAUGCCGCACGCCGACAUCGUCAAGCUCAUCAAGGACGCCGGCCUCAGCGUCACGUUGCGCAUCAUCCCUCAGGAGGAGCUGAGCACCCCUCCCUCGGCAGCCAACUCGGAAAAACAGAGUCCAAUGAACCAGCAGAACAGCCCCCAGACCCAGGCUGCCAACCAAUCAGGACUGCAGCAACCGCUGCCCCCCCAGGCGGUAUCGGCGACUCAGCAGCCAGCCCCCUCGCAAGCUCCUCCCCCUGCCCCAGUCCCAGCCCCGGCGGCACCACCUGUGCAGAUCUACCAUGAGAGCAGUUACAGAUCGGAGGUGAAAGCUCGGCAGGACGUGAAGCCGGACAUCCGGCAGCCUCCGUUCACGGACUACCGCCAGCCGCCGGUGGACUACCGGCACCCUCCCGUAGCCGACUACCGCCAGCCGCCCACGCUCGACUACCGGCAGCCCCCGAUCAUGGACUACAGGCAGCUGGACCCGCGCCAGUUCGUCAUCCCUGACUACCGGCAGCCACAGGACUUUGACUUCUUCACGGUGGAGCUGGAGAAGAGUGCCAAGGGCUUCGGCUUCAGCAUCCGCGGCGGGCGCGAGUACAAGAUGGACCUCUUCGUGCUGCGCCUGGCUGAGGACGGCCCUGCCCUACGCAACGGGAGGAUGAGGGUCGGUGAUCAGAUCAUCGAGAUUAACGGCGAGACCACCAGAGACAUGACCCACGGCCGAGCCAUCGAGCUGAUCAAGUCCGGGGGCCGCCGCGUACGCCUGCUGCUCAAGAGGGGAACAGGCCAGGUGCCGGAGUACGGAAUGGUUCCUUCCAACCUCUCCAUGUGCAUGAAAAGUGACCCGCAUGGCACCCCCUAUUUCCUGCUAACGGGCCACUCUAAAGACACGACAAUCCCGCCCCCUGGGAUGCUCACCCUACAACCUCCCCAAGCCUGUCGGAAGUAGGAGGAGCAGGAGGAGGUGGAGGAGGAGUAUCGCUGGCCCUGGACCGCCCCCUGACCAACCCCUCUCCUUUAUCUCACCUGGUCCC